AUGGUUAGCCGUGCUAACUGCAGCCAGUACGAAGACGCUGCGGUAAGCGACUACGGUAAGAAUUCCAUUUGGGGUUGCAGUUCGUUGUUCUGGAACCUAGACUCCGAUCCACCACACGCCAGUAAGUUUCUUAAUCGCCGGUUACUGAAUCCUCCACCCAUCGGAAAAAACUGUACCGUUUACAAAAGUUUAUCAUCGAAGUACGGCACGAAACCCACUCACCAAAACCAUACGAAAAAAGUAAUCCAGGAACCACUGCAGAACACCAAUAUAAUGGACAAUUGUGGUGGAUCUCAAUUCAGCCGCAAAUACUUAUCGGCGGUCAAACGACUUGACGAAAUAGUAGCCACGAGUGGUAAAUGUUUACAAUACAAUUUGCUCUCUACAGCGGGACUCAUGCCAUGCAUGGUCUAUACGUAUAAUGCCAUAUGCGGAGAUAUGGAAACCUGCGGUUGCGGUUCGUCAGUAGAUGAAGCAAUAGAAGACGCGGCGACCAAAAUGUUGGAUAAGAUUUCAUCUAACCCUUUACAAGAUGAUGACUAUUCACUGAGUUCAAUGAAUUCAUUAAGGCACGAGAGUAAAUUUAAUGUGAAAUCUAACAACUACAUUGGUAAACUGCAAGAGUAUUGUCAAGCGCAUGGUUUGGAUAUACCAAAAUAUGAAUACCAUCAAGAUAAUGACAUUAAAAACAAGAGGUAUAUGCACUCAGUUAUAUGUUCCACUGGGCCCUACAAAAGCACGGGAGUAGGAAUAUCCAAGCAAAUUGCAAAAAAUCAUUCCGCUCGUUUGACGUAUAAUCAAAUUAAUUCGUAUGAUACUAUGAUCAAUUGGACUUCAGCGUCGGAUGCCAGAAAGGAGAAACCAAUAGAUUUCGGUCAAGGUUUGUCGACAAAUGACUCCAAAAACGACGCUGUAAACAUAGCUUUAGACCAUAUCUACCACGGAAGAAACGAAAUCACAAUGUCUACCAAUUAUGUUGGUACACUCCAAGAAAAGUGUUCAGCUAAUGGUUGGGAACUGCCAAAAUAUGAAUUCCAUCAAGAACAUUCUAAAGAAAUCAAUAAGUUAUUUUAUUCCGUGAUAUGUACCGCAGGGCCCCACAAAUCCAGAGGUAUUGGUAAUUCUAAGCAAAUUGCAAAAAAUCAAGCCGCUAAAUUUGUGUAUGACCAAAUUAAUUCGGAUCAACAGAAAACCUCUACACUUCAUACCAAUUUCACACGUGAUAAAGCUAAGAAGUCGAACACGAGAAAUAUGAGAGAUUUCGAUCCUUAUGAAUCAAUUCACCAAUUUAAAUUAUGGUGUAACCAAUUAUCAUCGUCUAAUAAAGAAUGCGUGCAAAUACUAAAGAGAUGCUAUUCCUUGGAUUUCCUCGAAAUUGAUAUACGUCCGUUUGAAUUUUUGACAAAACUUGCAAAACAAGAAAACUUUUGUGCCACAUACGUACGGUGUUCUGAUAAUAUUAAUGGAGCAAAAGCUUAUGGAAUAAUUAAUAUACCAGUAACAACUAAAAAUGUCAUAAUGUUCAUAGGUGAUGGAAAAACAGAAGCUGAGGCUCAAAACUCGAUUGCCAAAAAAAUAUUAGAUUUCAUC